UCCACGUUUAAUCCAGAUUACCAGCAACAAAACAAGGCUUUUUUUGGCGUCUAUGCACCACUGCCACUGUUGCCCUUGACAAGACAGCUAGGCUUUGGGCUCUGUGCAAGGAUUCCUGCUGGAUUCCUGGAUUAACCUUUAAUAGACAGCGCCAACAGAAAAGAGAUUCGACAGAGCACCUUUGGAAUAUUUAAUUUGCUUUUUCUUCAAUUAAUAGUUAAAAGUCUCCAUAAAGCAACAUGUCUUUCCUUUUGAAAAGCAUGGUGAGCAGUCAGGUGAAAAAUCUGGGACUUGGAGGGGGUGAAGAAGUGAAAAAAGAAGAUGGGGCUGCCACAGAUCCUGCUGCAGCUGCUGGCAUGACCAGAGAGGAGUAUGAGGAAUAUCAGAGGCAGGUGGUGGAAGAAAAAAUGGAAAGAGAUGCAACGUUUGCCCACAAGAAAGCAGAACGAGCAAGUCUUAGGGUGCACUUACGACAAAAGUACAGACUGCCAAAGAGUGAGCAAGAUGAAAAUGCAAUCCAGAUGGCUGGAGAUGACAUCGAUGUACCGGAGGAGCUGAGAAAGAUGGUGGAUAGAGAUGCAGUAGAGGAAGAGGAGAAAGAUUCCAUUCUUGGACAGAUUCAAAACAUCCAGAACAUGGACAUGGAUACAAUUAAGGAAAAAGCCCAGGCCACAUUUUCAGAAAUGAAGCAGGCGGCAGAGCAGAAAUGCUUACUGAUGUGAAGAUGAUAUUUAGUAACAGAACAUUGCUUAAGAACUUUCUUUUUGAAGUGAUAAUGUUUUCACUUAAACAGUCUAAAGGUAUCAUGGAAAUAGAUUUCCCUUUUUUUCUAUUAUUUCCAUUUUAAAUAUCCUAUUAAAUCUGUUGUUAGCAAUGGUGCUCCUGAAAGCUGGGUUAGAAUUCUGGCCCAGUUUCUGUCUGUAUGGUGUCUUGGUGUUCUUCCCAUGUUGGAUGUGGUAAGGUAAAUUGGCGGCUCCAACUGGCCUCAGAGAAGGAAAUAGAGCAUGUGCAUGGAUUGUAAUGGACUGGUAUCCCAUCUGACACUGGUUUCUGCCAUGUUUCUUACACUCCUGAGAACAGCUUCAGCAUGUGCAAAAACAGAUUUGAUAAAAUAAGCAAGUAUGUGAAAUGAGUGAAUGAAUUAAUUAAUUUGAUGUUCUAUAUACGGGAUCUCUGUUGGAUCUAUUACGUACAGUAGCUUAAUAUGGGGAUAAGGCAGUUCUCCUCCUCCUUGUCAUAAUAUUUUUGCCAUAUAUGUAGCCUCCUUUGCAUUAUAUUUACCCAGGAAAAAUGAGUCAAAAAUAGUGAUUUUUUUUUUCAAAAAAAGGCAAUGUUAUGCAUUACAAAAACAUAUAAAUACCAAAAUGGCAACAUAAAUACAGUAAGAAAGGUAUUUCUAGGGUCCACUACUGUAGUGAUGCAGAUCUAGUACAUGUUCUUCAUGUUGUUUAAACAGUCACUGACAAGUAGCUCGAUGUUACAAUCGGGACAGUAGAAGGUGUUUCUUUGUGCACUUUUAUUUUUUCUGUUGCUUGCACAUAAGAUAAUAGUAUGUCAGUACCUGAUCCACAUGAUUGACCAGCCCAUUAUGUUAUUGUAGGCUACCACAGUGCAAGGCUUAGUGACUUUCAUGUUUCCCCUGACAAGAACAUUGGCAGUUGCUGCAUUGUGAACAGUGAUUAGAAGGCUAACAUCUUUCUUGUCCUUCCAGUCGAUCAUAAUCAUUUUGCUUUUUUUCAUCACAGCUACUGUCACACCGUGGUGAAGCUGCACACAACCAAAUUCACCAAGCAUAUCAUGACAGUUCGCUUCUACACUGUUGUAUCAUGCAUCCAUAUCACUAUCUGUAUCAAUGUU